CAGAGUAUAAGUUCCUCAGGUGAGCAGCAGCAGGUGUACAGAGCAGGACAGGUGCAGGAGGACUCUUCUUCAAACACACACUGGGCUGUGCUAAGCAGAAGAGGACGUCCUCACACACACAGGUUCAUAUAGAAGGACAGGAAAGUGACAAGAGUUUCCAGCAUGGCGUCCUUCGUCCCGGAGCAAGGUCUGUCCCCCCCGCUGUGUGGACGCUCUCUCCCCCAGCAGGAGCUUCUGCCUCUGGGCCUCGAUCCAUCUGACUUCAGCCUGUACAGCCCUCCAGCUCCUCCUGACCCCAACCUGUCUGGAUCACCAUGGCUCCCAGCUUCCAACAACCACAGCGACUCCUACCUCUGCUCCAACAGCCCAGACCCGGGCCCCAUUUCAGGGUCCACAGGACUCCCAUUAGGACUCCCUCCAGCCUUCGGAGGCUUCUUCCCUCAUCUCUACAGCUCUCAAAGGCCCCUGCUCCCCAACGGCCCCUGGUUCUCCCUGUCCACCCCGGAUGACGUCCUGCGCCUGGUUCGCCCACCGUACUCCUACUCCGCCCUCAUCGCCAUGGCCAUACAGGGAGCACCCGAGCAGCGACUGACCCUGAGCCAGAUCUACCAGUAUGUCUCUGAAAACUUUCCCUUCUACAGCCGCAACAAAGCUGGAUGGCAGAACUCCAUCCGCCACAACCUGUCGCUCAAUGACUGUUUCCGGAAGGUUCCCCGUGAUGAGAGUGACCCAGGUAAAGGAAACUACUGGACUCUGGACCCAAAUUGUGAGAAAAGUUUUGACAAUGGAAACUUUCGCCGCAAGAGAAAGAGAAAGGCAGACGAUGAGAAACCGUCCUCCUCCUCUCCCUCGCCCUCUUCCUCAGACUCCUCCUCGUCAGAGCCCAGCCCUAAAAUUCCCAGCAUGCACUGCAGCGGCAGCACUGAGCUCCCUGCACUCCCAGAUGCUUCCCCUGGUCUCAGCGGCUUCAUGUGUCACCUCCAGAACUCCCUCCCUCCUCCUCACAUAAGCUCCCCCUCACUGUACAUGCAGGUACCGGACCACGCCUCCCCCACUCCUCCUCCACCUCCUCCUAAGGGAUACGUUUCCUCUUACUCCCCUGGCGCUGUGGUGCCACAGUGGGACACCUGCAGCUCCUCUCCUCCCCUCUACUCCUCCGUCCAUCACUCCUCCCCUACUCCUCCACCUCUCCUCCCCUCCUCCCACUUGACUUCCCCAUGCUUCUCCUCCCUUGCCGACCCUCAGACCGGCUCACCACCGCUCUACGUCGACCUGCAAACAGCAUCCUGUCUUCAGCAGGACCUUCAGGAGGCCCAACAGCUGCAGCAGCUUCAGCCCCAGUGUGGGCCUCUGUACUCUGGGGGCUUCACUGAAGUUCUGCCCCUAGACCCUCUGGUUCUCCAGCAGUGAUGGUUCACCGCCAGAAAAUGUCUUGUGUUUACAUUGAGAACUGAUGUUGAUUUUAAAGUUUGUAAAAUGUCUCUGUCAACUUGAUGCUGCCAGCCAGAACGCACUGAGCUCACUGUAAAGAG